UAAAGACCAAUAAAGUCAGUUUUAAGUGUAGUCGAGUUACUUUCAACAUGGAAUAUUUGAUGGCCCGCGAUGCAAUAUCUCUUUAUCCAUACAAUUUAUCCUUAGCGGAAGAAAUUGUAAGGCUUUUUUCAACACCCGAACCUUCUGUAGUGGUCAAAAACAACAAAUCUGAUGACGACGCCGACGACGACUUCGCUAGAAAUGGUAAAGACGUGGAGUACUGUCCGGAAGAAAGCGUGAAUAAUAAUAAGAAAAAGAAGAAAAAACUUAGUAGAGAAUGUGGAUUCUGUAAGAACAACGGUGAAGAUGCUCAAUAUUAUAGAAGUCAUUGUCUGAGAGACGAAAGGGGUAAAGUACUGUGUCCGGUGUUGAGAGCGUACAAAUGCCCUAUCUGUAAUAACGAGGGAGGAGAUCUCGCUCACACGAUUGGAUAUUGUCCAAUGAAUAAAUCGCCUGAGAAAAUUCCAGUGGUUAUAUCAUUAAAAACGCAAAGAACUUCCGCGGGAAAAAAGAAAAAUUAAAAUUUUAAAACUUUCUUUUUUUUUAAAAAAAAAAAGUUAAUUUUUGUGUAAUUAUUAUUUUGUUAUA